UUCGUUUCAGUCUGUCGUUGACCGUAGCGGAGAACGCACGUUAUUUGUGAUAAAUAUGAGGAGUUUGCUAUUAUUUGGAGCCCUGCUGGCGGCCUGCCAUGGGGUCUACUCACACACCUACCACCUGGGGGAGUGCCCCAUUGUGGAGCCCAUGCCGGGAUUCGAAAUGAAUCGGCUACUAGGAGUGUGGUACGUGAUGCAGAAGACCUCCACUGCGUCACAUUGCAUCACAUACAACUUCACCAAGACCCCGGAGCCAGGGAAAUAUGAGAUCGAGCAGAUUUCACAGCACUUCAUACUGGGGCUCACUCCACUCAAGCAUGAUUACAAAUACAAGGGAGUACUGACUGUUCCUGACCCAUCAGUGCCUGCGAAAAUGAAAGUCAACUUCCCUCUAAGUGUGGCAGGAUCAGCGAGCUACAUCGUGCUGUCAACGGACUAUACGAAUUACGCGGCGAUAUUCACGUGCCAGCAUCUGCCCAUCGGCCACAGACGGUCCGCCACCAUCCUCUCCAGAACGAAGGAGCUGGACAGGAUGUACACUGACAAGAUGCGUCAGAAGCUCUCCUCCUACGGCGUGGAUCCGUUCGACCUGUCCAUCAUCUCGCAGAGUGACUGUCCACACCACAAGCAAGGCGAGGGCGUCAACAUCAACAUCGACCCUGAGACCUUCUCCUCCCACAACAUCGGCGAAGCGGUCAGAAGAACUGGUGGUGUUAUAGCUAAUGGUGUGGAAUACGUAGUGGACGCUGGAAAGAAGGUGUAUCAUAAGGUAGCAGACAGCAAAGAGGACCUCACAGAGGCUCCAUCUGGUAAACAGACGAGGAAUUUGAAUGCUGAAGCUGAGUGGCUGCCUUGAAACAUACCUAGGUGCAAUUGAAAAACUAUUUACACGACGGCAAAAAUAUGUAUUUAUUUAUUAAGACGUAGGCUAUGCUCGUGACACUCCCGACACUCAAGUCACAUGACACAGAAGAAUUUUUUUCUUCAUAAUCACACUCUGAAGUUGGUUUGUCUUAAACACUAGUGUAGACAUCUGACUUUUACGACUACUUACGGAAAUCUAGUGCUUUUCUGUUAGUUUUUUAAACUUUCAUAUUAGUCAUGGAAAAUGCAUCAAAUAGGCGUUCUAGUCUAUCAAAUGGUAGUUUCUAUGUUUCAUUCUGUUUGGAACAGUUAUAUAAAAUUAAUUACCUCGUAUCUAUACCUUGUUGAUAGUAGAGUAGAGACUCUUAGGUUCACAAAAUUUAACCUGUUUAAAUAUAACCUGCUAGAGGAAGGCAAUUUUUUAUAAUACUCAAUUCUAUAAGUGGUGGUUAUGAAACCUGAUAAACCAUCGUAUGAACGUCUAAAAGCAAGAUGAUAUUGUAAAUAUAAAGUAGGUUUAUAAUUAACAGUAAAUAAAUUUCUUUACAAAAAAAAAA